UACUGGACGCGCUGGACCGCCAACCACUGGGAGAUCCCCAUCGCCGCUGCCACGCUCUACCUGCUGAUGAUCGCGACGCUCAAGCUGACGAUGGGGCCGCGCAACGGCGGCCGCAAGGCGCUCAAGCUGACGCGGGUGGUGCUCGCAUGGAACUUCUUCCUCUCCGCCUUCUCCAUCGCUGGCAUGUGCUACACGGUCCCCCUGCUCCUCUUUGGUGAGAGCGGCGUGCUGACCGCCGGCUGGUACGCGUCGGUCUGCAACUCGGCGGCGUCGUACGGGCAUGGGUACCCGGGGCUGUUUGUGUGCCUGUUCAUCUACUCGAAGCUGGCCGAGCUGCUCGACACCUUCUUCCUGCUGGUGCGCAAGUCCCCGGUCAUCUUUUUGCACUGGUACCACCACCUCACCGUGCUGCUCUUCUGCUGGCACGCUUACUCGGCGCGGAUCGGCACCGGCCUCUGGGCGCGGAUCGGCACCGGCCUCUGGUUUGCGGCGAUGAACUACUCGGUGCACGGCAUCAUGUACGCGUACUUUGGGCUGACGCAGGCGGGCGACGGCCCAAAGAACUUCGCCAAGCGCUUCUCGAUGCUCAUCACGACCCUCCAGCUCACCCAGAUGGUCUUUGGGAUCGCGGUGACCGUCUCGUCGGUCGUCUACCUCUCGCGCGGGCUGCCGUGCUACGUCUCGCUCUUCAACUCGCUGCUCGGGCUGGGCAUGUACGCCUCGUACUUCGUCCUCUUCCUCCAGCUCUUCCUCUCGCACUACGUC